CGCAACCCCGGGGCGGCUGUGCGCGGUGCGCGGUGCGUGGCCGCGGCGCGUGGUGGGGACGCGUGGCGGGAGAGGCCCCGCCGUGGGGCUGCGUCUCCCGAGUGCUGGACCAAGAGCUCCUCCCCCUGGGCCUCAGUUGCCCCACGGACACCGCAGGCCGUUACCGUUCAGCCCUUCUGCCAGUCUGGGCGCGGGUGGUGGGUGACGGUGUCUCGGCGACUGCGACAGGACGAAGGGGGCUCGGAGUUUUCCGCCGCCCCCCCCACCCCCGCCCCGGUUCCCAGACGGGAUGUUCGUCCUGGUGGAGAUGGUAGACACCGUGCGGAUCCCCCCGUGGCAGUUUGAGAGGAAGCUCAAUGACUCCAUCGCCGAGGAGCUGAACAAGAAGUUGGCCAACAAGGUUGUGUACAACGUGGGACUCUGCAUCUGUCUGUUUGACAUCACCAAGCUGGAGGAUGCCUAUGUGUUCCCCGGGGACGGCGCAUCACACACCAAGGUGCAUUUCCGCUAUGUGGUGUUCCAUCCAUUCCUGGAUGAGAUUCUGAUUGGGAAGAUCAAAGGCUGCAGCCCAGAGGGAGUGCACGUCUCUCUAGGGUUCUUUGAUGACAUUCUCAUCCCCCCGGAGUCACUGCAGCAGCCAGCCAAGUUUGAUGACACAGAGCAGGUGUGGGUGUGGGAGUAUGAGACGGAGGAAGGCGCACAUGACCUGUACAUGGACACUGGUGAGGAGAUCCGCUUCCGGGUGGUGGAUGAGAGCUUUGUGGACACGUCCCCCACGGGGCCCAGCUCGGCCGAGGCCACCUCCUCCAGUGAAGAGCUGCCAAAGAAGGAGGCUCCAUACACACUUGUGGGAUCCAUCAGCGAGCCAGGCCUGGGCCUUCUCUCCUGGUGGACCAGCAACUAGUCUGCAGCUCGACAGUGGACCUCCUAGCAGACCCCACCCCAGCCCUCAGUGGGGUGGUGCAGCCACUGUGGAGACGGUAGCCGUGGAGGCAGGAGUGGAGGUGUCUCUGCUUGCUGGAGCUGGACGGGGUGGGAGCCAGGAGUCCCCUACCAUCCUGGCCCUGCUCCUUCUCCUGGAGCUACCCUGGGAGUCCUGCUGUCCCCAAGGACUUCAGGCUUUCAGGACAGCAAAAACAUUUAAUAAAUAAUGUUUAUUAUUUAUUAAAUAAACAGUAGGGAAGGGACAGCAGCUUCAGUAGGGAAGGGACAGUCAAUGUAGUGAUCUAAGGUCACUGAAUUGCCACAGCUGGGACAGCACAUCCUUCCUCACCCCAAAUCACUUGCAGAGAUGAUCUUUCCCAACCCUACAAAAUGGCAGGACUUGAAGUUGGGAGAGACCCAGGCUGCCUCAGGUGGGCUUUAGGCUGGCCAAACUGUGACAUAAGUAAUAUGGGGAGUCAGGCUGGCCUGGGGUAGCUGCCUGGGGCCCUGAAGUUAAGGAGCAACCACCUCACCAGCCAGUGAAGAAGGGGGAUGGCCCCUGAACUCAGCCAAACUGGGCUUUGCUGGCCCAAGGUGGUGGGGGUGGUGACCACACUUGUCCCAUCUGCACCCCCUUCACACCACAGUACAGCAGGAAGCCUGGGGACAGCUGUCACUCAGACCUUGGCUACUGCCACAAGCACCCUGUGGGUGUGCUGGCGGCUCCCAGGUCUGGGCACCACGUUGUUUAUUCAGCAGAACAGCUUUGCCAGGUUCCUCAUGCCCCUUAUCCCACUUCUGCCGGCCCUUCAUGGAACGUGCCUCCUGCCCUGGCCUUUUCGCCUCACAGUGGGGCACCAGAGGGUGGAGAUGCUGGGCCCAGUGGGCUCCUGGCCUACCAGAGAAGCUACAGGAAGGGGGGGCAGGGCUGCCCCGCAGGUGGAAGUGGGCUGGGGAAGGAGAUGAUGGGCAGUCUUUUCUGCCACGGCUCAUGUCUCUGCUGCAGUGAUGGGUCCAGUUGUGGCCAUGGCUAUCGGGUCUCCACUGACCUUGGCUAAAAAGACCUUCCCUGAACCCUGGAGUUGAUAACAAACAGCACAGACACUAACCACUCACACACAAGAAUAGUCAUUGAAUUUGGAUUCUUAUUUUCCGUGUGAGAAAAAAAGGUUCUCUAAAUCCUUCAGCCACCAGUGAAAUGAUCAGGCCGGAGAAAAACUUUAGACGAGAGUCUUAUAAUCAAAAAUAAAUACAGUUGCAUGGAGUUGCUUAAGAUCAAAACCAAACUAAAAAUGAG